GUUGCCAGGUAACAUUGCAACAUCGUCAGGGAGUGUUAUGGCGAAAUCUUUGGGUAUAACUGCAGGCAUUAAUGACUAACGUGGUCAGCAGAUGAUAACCCUGUAGUUGUUUCCCAGAGGAUUUUGUCAGGCUGAUAGCUACACAUCACAAGACUGGGGGAGGUGCCUUUGAAAGCAGCACUUGAAAGGCCGAUAAGAAAAACCUGUAGAGCAGGAAGGAGAGUCUUCUGCACUUGAUCAGAUGGGAUUUAUUUGUGUGCUUGUUUGAGAUCUAAAAGUUUUGUAGCUUUUAUGUCAUUUUUCCAGGAAACAAGCAACCCCCCCCCCCCACAAGAAAAACCUUUGUACUGUGUACACAGUGACUGAAGCAGUCUGUAUCACCAACUGAUUUGUAAGUUAUUCACUUUCACGACCAGAUUUGAAUGUUUGGCUUGUUUGAAGGAUGUCAAAUUAAAGAUGUGAUGACCUGAUGGAAGGAAAGCAUAGCAGAGCAGUCAAGGGGGUGUGGCUUCACCGGCUUCAUGACAGGUAGACACGGGGAGGAGCUGAGUCACCUGUGCAGGGCUGGCAGUCAGGGCACAGGGAACAGUACACCUGUUGCACUUCCCGGGCUCUCUCCCUCUUCCCUUCUUUUCUGCUUCUCUGGUCCGAGGGCACAGCGGGCAGCCUCGGACAACAUGGAUCCCAGGGAGGUCAACGGGCGUGAAAAGGACAGGGAUAAAGUGACCAAAAGGAAGAACCGACUUGUGCUGUGGCGUACCUUGGAGAGGAGGAAAACGGACACUAUUGUAACUGAUGACAAGGCCAAGGAUGACAUCAACCUGGGGACGCUGGUGAGGAGAAGUCAGUCUGACAAGACAGAGUACAGCGCCAAAAUUAAAGAAAAACUGAUGCCCCAUGAGCUGUCCACGCCCCUCUCUCCAAUUCUGGACCCAGAAGAAGUCCGUGUGAGAAAGAUGAACCGCAGGGCGAAGGUUAUCAAGGAACUUGUGCAGACUGAAAAAGACUACCUCACUGACUUGGAAUUGUGUAUUAGAGAGGUGGUCCAACCACUCAGAAACAUGCAGGUUUUAGAUGUAGACCGAUUGUUCACCAACAUGGAGACCGUGUGUGAAGUUUCUGCAGAACUUCUGCAGAGACUGCAUGAUGCAAUGGCGGACCCUGAUCCCGAGGCUGUUGUCAUUGGCGAAGUAUUCAUUCAAGCAAAGGCAGCUUUAGAAGAUGUGUAUAAGAUUUACUGUUACCACCACGAUGAUGCUAACAUGUCUCUGAAAGCCUAUGAGAAGGAUGAACAAAUAAAACAACAUUUCAUUGCAUGUGUAUUAGCGCUAAAGAAAAUAUAUGAUCGAGAAGGAAAAGCCAACUUGUUGGACAUGGGCUCUCUGCUCAUCAAACCAGUGCAGCGGGUCAUGAAGUAUCCGCUGCUGCUGGGAGAGCUGUGGCAGGCCACGCCCGAAGACCACCCCGACCAUCAGCCCCUGCAGGAGGCGUUCACCGCUGCUAAGAUCAUAAACAUCAACAUAAAUGAGUUCAGGAGGCGCAAAGACAUAGUUAUGAAGUACAAGAGGUUAGAAGAUGAAGGGACUCUGAGGGGGAAGCUGACCAAGUUGAACAUCCACUCUAUUCGGAAGAAGGGAGAUAGGUUUGCUGGUUAUCUUAAGAUUCUCACCGGAGUUGAACCACAGGUGAGAGAUGAAGUAUUCGACAGAGAGGAGAAGCUUUUUAGAGGUCUGGGGAAAGCUGUGAGGCAGCUGGUCAAGAAUAUUCACUGUUACAUGCAAUUCACACAGGAAAUGGUGUCAGUAGCUGUUCAGAAUGUGAAGGACAUGGAGACCGUUAUCAAAGAUCCAAACAAAACUGACACAAAUGGUUCAUCCCACAAGAACGGGAAUGAUCCAUACAAACUGUUUAAGGACAGAAUGGAGAAGCUGGUCUUGGUGCCCCUGUCUGCCCUCCAGGGCAUGUUCACAGCUCCUCAGAAGCUCAUCCAGAAGCGUUACGAUAAACUGUUAGAUUACUGCUGUCGCCUUGAGCGCUCGUCUUCAUCAUCCACCGCUGCAUCCUCAAUGUCACCUGGGCCCGAGGACCCGUCUGAUCCUGCCAGGAGGGACUACGAAGCUCUCAACGCUCUGCUCGUGGAGGAAUUGCAGCACUUCAACCUGGCUGCUUACACCAUCCUGAACAACAGUGUGGUGUGUCUGGUGGCGCUCCUCAAGGAGCUGAUGGGAAAUGCACUGGUCGAUGCUCCGUCGCUCCAACAGCUACCUCCUCCGCUGUCCAACAUGGUGGACGUUCAGAACAGCAUCAUGGAUAAGCUGAACAAUCUGACCUUCGUAAAGGACAAUGCACAGAAGCUAAUGGAGCGAAAAGUCAGCUUUGAGAGACAACGAGAGAAGAAAUCAACUGUGCCAGAGGUGCAGCAUCAGACAGAGGAACAGCGUGCUCUGCUGCUGGCAGAAUACCCAGUGAGCCGUCUCUACCAGCUAAAAAGGAAAUGCAAUGGCUGCCAGGAGCAGGACCUCAGCCUGCUGGAGGGGGAGCUGGUGGCCCUGCUGGAGGACACAGACCCCAUAGGAAGCAGCAGCCGCUGGCUGGUGCACACAGGAGGUGAACAAGGCUACGUUUACUCUACAUUCCUGAAACAAUACAACCCUCAGAGGGACUCGCAGCGAGCGGCCCAGAAAGCUCAGGAGCAGCAGCAGCAGCCGCCCGCCGUGGCAGACGACGACUUUGACGACCUUAGUCUGUUCGUGUCAGGCAGUGGCAGCAGCAGCCUGCACAGCUUCAAACUCAACACCACCGACAGCAGCUCCAUCCUGUCUGGCCUGCCGGGGGAGCUGGAGGCGGCUGACGACCUGGAGGAUCCUCCGGAGACAGAAGCUCAGCAGUUUUAUGCCGUGUACGCGUUCCAAGCCCGCUGCGCCCAGGAGCUGACCUUGCAGGAGUACCAGCAUGUCCGCAUCCUCCAGUUUUGUGACCUGGGGGGCAAUAAGGAGUGGUGGCUAGCAGAGGCUAAUGGACAAAGAGGAUAUGUCCCAGCUAACUAUCUUGGUAAAAUGUCUUACGCAUAAUCCGAGGUUUCUUCAUUCCUUCAUACUUAAAGGUAUAAAAUAUAAGGAAAAAAAGGGUCAAAGGCUUUAAAAAUGUCUUUCUUGUAUUUGGAAUUUUCUACAAACCAAUUCUUUUUCUUUCACUUUUAAACAGAAAAUCCUAAAUAUGAUUUCCCAUUCCUGAAAAUGAGUUUCUAUUUCCUAAAACAUACAUAGUGCAAAAAUAAUAUAUAUAAAUAAAAGAUGAUAGAGAGAAAUUUGCAACAAAUCAUAAAAAAACUGGAUGAAAAGUAUGUGACCACUUCCUUAAAUUGACCUUAACAAAUAUCUUUCACCUUUUGGUUGAUUGAAAAUAGUUGUAGGUGAGGUGUUUUCUGGGAAAAAUGCUGCUUCAGAGCCUUUGAAGUUAUUGGUGUCGUCUUAAUUUUAUUAAUUUCAUAGUAAAAAGUCGUCCUUUGAUGCGCCUGCUGGCAAUACACCGUUUGCUUAUUCUGUCCCCUGAUUUAUUUCCCUUAAGAACUUCAGUCUGUGAUAAAAACCACAAAACAUCAGCUCAUCUGUUGACGGGCUUCAGCCCAGACAUCUCCUCGUGUUUUACUGUGUAUUUUAUAGUGCUUCUAUUGUGUUUUAUGGACACUGAUGACGAUUAUUGAAAGUGUUCUGAGCCAACACUGAGGUUUAAAAAAACAAACAAAAGUCUUCCAAGAUGCUGAAGAAUGAAACAAUCUGUCCUUUUGAUCUUCUCUCUUGUGAAAACAUCAAUGAAUCUUUGCAGUUUCACGUUAAAAUAUAAAAGUUAGGAUCCAGGCAGCUUUAGGGAUGAACAUUAGUAAAAACCCGUUAAGUGGGACUUUUUAUUUUUUUUUUUACUUUUUGAUAUUAUUUAAGGUUUCAAUGUGUGAAACAUAAAACUCAAGAAAUGUUGUCUAUUUCUCACUGAAGUCUGUUGUUUCUAUCUUGCGUAUAUAUAAAAAAACAAGAAAUGUCACACUAAAAUAAAGAAAAUAAUAUCUAAGAUAUAUAUUAAAAGAUGGGUUUUUAAGUAAUCUAAUUACGUUGACUUUUUCCAUUAUUGGAUAAUGGGCUUCCCCAUCAUCCAAUGUGAUGAAUAACACUUGGAAUGAGUAUCGCUAAGGAUGUGGCACCUUAGCAACCAUUGGGGAACCUUUUAGAGCAGGUGUGUCCACACUUUCUGCAAAGAGGGCCAGAUUUUCUGAAUAUUUGUGUGGGCCUGAAUUCUGUGAAUCCAUAUAAUAACAUUAAAAACAAAUGAACCGUUUCAUUUUACACACUUCUAUAAUUUCUUCACAAAGAACAGAAAAAUAGAUAAAUACACAUCUAUCUAAAUUACUGUGAAUCUCCUAUUUAAAGACUAUGCACCAUUCUUUCCCAAUUAGCAUGCCUCUUCUUGAAAACAGACAGUCUCUUAAAGAAAAGGCACAGAUGUUGUAUUUCACUGAAAAAAAUACUCAAAUUUCUACUUUUUCUGAAAGUGGCGGCCCUCGUCGUCAACUUUGAAAAAAUCUUUUACAGUCGACCUUUUAGAAAUAAACCAGAGAGUGUCACAAAAGGGUCGUGUUAUAGCAUUGCUACAGGUUUAAAAUGGCUAAUUUAGCCGAUCGCAAUCAAAAAAAAAAAAAAAAAAAAAUUGUACAGCACUAGGGGGCCCUUAUUUUUGAUUUUAUGACAGGAGGCUGAGGGCCAGUGAAAAUGUUAAGAUUUGGCCCUUGGGCCAGACUUUGGACAUGCCUGCUUUAGAGAGUGAGGUAGUAGAGAGAGGCCAAACUAUCCUGAAAUCAUGAAAAAAAAAACUCUUGGAAAAAAAUGAAUGCAGCUCUGAACUUAAUAUUAAACUAUAUAUAAGGAAAAAGAUUUGCUUUUAUAAAUAAAAUUGUGAAAUAUUUUGAUAACAGAGUUCCUCUGCAAAAGUAUUUUAACGAAAUACUGAGUUUUAACAGUUUAGUGUGAAUUGUAGUUUUUGGUACUUGUUUUUGUUCUUUUUUUUUUUUUUUAAAACUUUGCUGAUGUCAAACGGCACUUUUUAAAAGCAGAUGCAAUCGGUUACCUUGUUUUUGUAUUGAAAUGGUUGAUCAUAUUUUUUGUAAGAAUGAAGCACAGGAGCUCGCCGACGCCUUUGAGCAAUAACGUGUUAAAAAAA